CCAGAAAAGAACAAACAUGUAGCCAUCAAAAUCCACCAAUCAAAGAAUCAAGAUCAUCGAUCAUCAACAGAAAACAACCUCCGGUACACAAAACACAGCAAACACGAAGCAAAAGAGGGAGUGCCACACUACACUACAGUACGGUACGGUACUUCUGAUGACCACCAAAAGAUCCUAGCAAGACACACAACUCUUUGUGGAUCGGCGAAUAAGCAAAAAAGGAACACMAACAAAGGAAACCGAAACCGAAACACGGAUCGGCCUGCCCUCUGCAACACCUCCACCAAAACCACCAAACCACUCCCAUCCGUUUUCCGUCCGCCCGUCCAUCCAUUAUGCUCUUUGCUCGAGCGGGAACCCUCCUCUCGAGGGCGGCGGCGAAAAAGCUGCCCCUUUGCCAACGCCUUGCUUCGAGGCCGGCGUCCGGACCGACAGCGAUGCUCCAGCGCCGGCUGGACCACGUUCGGAAGCGCCUGGAGGACCUAGGCAUCGAGCUCCCUCCACCCGCCGGACCCCGGGCCAACUACGACGUCGUCUGCGCCGAUGCAGCGGACCCGGGGCUCCUCUACGUCAGCGGCCACCUGCCCUUCACGAACGACGGGACCCUCAUGACCGGCCGCAUCACAAGCGAAGGGGAGCGAGGCGUGGACUACGGCUACAAGGCCGCCAGGGCGGCCGCCCUCAACAUCGUCAGCACCCUCUCGGACCGGCUGGACGGGGACCUCGACCGGGUCGAGAAGAUCCAGAAGGUCUUUGGGAUCGUCCAGUCGACGGACGAAUUCAAGGAGCAGCACCUGGUGAUGGACGGGGCCUCGGAUUUGUUCCUGGAGGUCUUUGGAACCACCGUGGGCUACCACGCCCGGUCGGCCAUCGGGACCAGCACGCUCCCGCUCGACAUUGCCGUGGAGAUCGAGUGCAUCGUCCGGAUCAAGCUUCCGGAAKGGGAACCGGACCAAACCUCCGGAACGCUUUCGACGCUCGGGACGGCCUCUGCAUCGCCGCUGGAAGGGGGGGACAGCGAGCUCCGCAGGUAGCGAACGCAUUCUGCGCUGCCGAUGCGUAGCGUGUGCCAUAGUAUAUACCAACAAGCAACUCACCAACCAUAUGUUCACGACUAAGGAAUAGAACGAAUACGGUUGUCUCCGACGUUUCGACAAAAAAUCCACGCACCUCGCAAUCUUUAUUACGAAAGAAACCGAAAUACAACACAACCGCAGAACAUUUCUAAUCAAUGCAGUAACUCACC